CUGUGUAGUAGAGGAAGUUGAAGAAGUAGAGCACAGGGAAGGUGGACAGAGACAGUGCUGAGAGGACUCUGCGUGAGGUUUUUGCAGAGGAGAAGAUAGAGCAAGUAGAGGUUGCCGCAGUUGAAGAGCAGGUUGAUGAAGCGUAACAUGCCUGUGGAGCACACCACCUCGCCUGUCAGACCUCAUAUGAAGCGCAGUGACAACUGUCCCAAAAUUUUCAGCAUGCAUCUAACAAAGCAGCUAGAACUUUUUCCCGAUCACAGAGUGACUCAGAUGCUUUUCAAAGACGUCAAAAAUGCCGCAGAGUUGAGACAAAGUGCCGUUAAGGGUCAAAUAAGUGGUGCCUUGAUAAACCCAAAAAUGUUGGUGAAUCCUUUCCAAGUGCUGGUAGCCACCAAUAAAUCUGUACAUUUACAGAAAACAGGAAAAAUGAAGACAAGGAGUUUAUACUCCGAAAUUAUCUUCAGCCUAUCGCCUACUAAUAAUAUUUCAGAGGCCUUUAAAAAGUUUGGAAUCUCAGAUGGCGAUGACUCUGUCAUGGUGGUCCUGGUUCACAGCAGAGAUGAGUCCCAGCUUCUGUCAGACAUUGCAGCCAAAGUGGAUGGACUGCAGAUUCCAGUGGAAGAUGUUUCCUUGCUGUCAGACCUUGCAAAGAUCAAAAAGCUGUAUAAAGUCACUCCCCAGGAGGAAAAGUGUGGUACUCUGCUGGAUGCAGUUGUAUGCAGAAUGGCCACCAAGGAUGUCAUGUAGCUCCAAGGAUAUAUAAGACCUGAACAUAACUAUUCUAAUAGAACAUUUGUUGUAUUUUUGUCAUUUGAGAUGUUUAGAUUUUUUUUUUUAAUUAGUCCACCACAUUCUGAGAUUCAAGCAUGCAAAUAUUGUCUUUUUGUUGCACUCAGUUCAAACUCCACAAACCGGUUUCAACUAUGGAAAGGUCAUGUUUUAUGUAGCAUUGAGCUCAGUCUCCCAACUGACCAAAUAUAUCUUAUUUUUCAUA